AUGGCGGACGCGGAGACUGACAGCCGUCGGCUCUCUCCGGUCUUCGACCGCACCGAGGAUCACCCCCUUGACAAAAUGGAAGGCCUCAACCCAGAGCGUGCGAUGCGGUUGCUGCAGCCACGCUCUCCGGAGAGGUCCCCAUCCCCCGUCAUCACCAUCGGGCCUCGAAUCUCGGGCAGCAACGCCGUUGGCCUCGGCGCGGCUACCAUUCGGCAGCCCGCUGGCGGCAAGCCACAGAGCUCUCCAGCCCGGGAUGCGGGAGCUCAGUCGCUUGUGCAUGCCCCCAGGCCUCUUCUACCCCAGAGCCUGCCACUGGUGGUUGCGGGGGUCAAGCGACCUCGUAGUCAUCUGGACGAGCCAGAGCCGCCAGUAUCGCGGCGAUGGCGUUCGACUCCUCCAGUUUUACCACCGCAACCGCCUCCAAAUCCUCACACAAUCUACCUGGAAGGCCUUCUUACGCCACGCUCUCUCCUGCUGACUCUCAAGUCGGGGCGUGGUGAUGGCAGCCAGUUGAUCUCGACCCAGUAUCGCUCGAUUACCAAUGUCGGACUACUUCUGGGAAACGCAAUCCAAAACCGCCUUGACAUCCCCGUCCUGCAGCUGCCACCUCCCAGCGAGGCACAGGGGAGUCUCGAGCGGGUGAUUCAAGGAGAGCUCCUGGAAGCAAUAUGGUACGACCUCACGCCUGAAGCCAAGUAUGGCUACGCGCGCCAACUGCGGCGCAUCGUCAACAACAUGCGGGGUGGCAUGACUUCGAUCCGCACUCCUGCCACUACCGUUGGCAAGACGAACCUGCUGGGGUCUGCCUUUUCUGGCCCCUAUUGUCUGAUAUUGGAUCAGCAUGUGCAGAACACGUAUUGGGCAGUCCGAGCCAGGCCAACCUGCCGCGAAUAUGUUGCUUUCCUGGCAACAUCAUUCGUCCCGUCGGUCCCGACACCGGUUGCCCACGCUCUGACGUGUCAGUUCCAAUCAGACUACCGCAUCCGCUUCACGCACGGAGAGCUGAGCCCGGGCAACAUUGUAGUCCACAAUAGCAAGAUUGUGUGCAUACUCGGCUGGGAUAACGGCGGCUGGUAUCCGGAGUGGUGGGAGUACGCCAAGUUUUUUGAGGCCCGCACUUCCCCUGAGAACCAGGAUUGGUACGAUUUUGCCGACGAGAUCUUCAUGGAUGCCUAUCCCAACGAGCUUGUGGCAUAUCAGGGCAUUGCUAGGUGCCAGCGACAGUGA